AUGGCUGAUUUGUCAAACGUGGCCCUUGCACCCAACCCUAAUGGCAGUCCUCCCAAUUUCGUUAAUCCACCGUCCCUAGAGAGUACAGUUCUCGCAGUUGGGGUUGUUUUUAUUGCUAUCAGUGGAACUUUGAUUCUAAUACGCUUGGCUACGAAUUAUAAAUAUACGGGAAAGCUAACUAUCGACGACUGUGAGGGCCUUUCAAAUAUACCUAGUUGUGAGUUGUUGAUUUCCUUCGUGGUGAUGAUUUCUGACAGCCAAUCGAAUACUAGUCACGAGAGACGGCGCAGGGAGGCAUACCUGGGAUGUUCCUGCCAGUAUAGUAACCAAAUCAUUCAUCAAGGUAAAAUGCCUAAGCAGUUUAAGAAAGACGGUGUCAUUGACCUCAAGAAGAGACAAUUUGUCCAGCAAAUGCUCAUUGCUCCAACAUUAUGGGCAACCAAAGCAUCGGUUCUGGCACUUUAUCUACGAAACUUCCGAAUUAUCCAAUGGAUGCGCGUCUCUUGCUGGAUUCUUCUUGUCGUUCUGUUCUUAUUCUAUGGAUCUAACAUUGCCAUUGCUGCAGUUUACUGCAUUCCUAGAAACGGAGAGGCAUGGGACAGUACUGCAUUCGAGAGAUGUGCUAGCCCCAUCACAUCAACCGUUGUCAUUGGAGUUUUUGCUGUGGUUGCUGACCUGAUCAUCUUUAUGAUGCCUUUACCUAUCAUAUUUCGACUGCGACUUACUCAGCAAAAGAAGAUUGGGCUGGGGAUUGUGUUUUCCGUAGGGUUGCUAACGGUGAUCACCAGCAUUGUUUCACUAGUCUUCCGAGUCCGCGUGUUUCUCGGACACGAUCCCAUAUGGGCUGGCAUUACCCUCGCAAUCACAACGUGA